CUGAUUGACGAGCGAUUAGAACUUUUCUCCAGCUUAAUAAAAAGUUGAACACGACCCUACUCAUGAUCCAGCUAAACAGAUUUAUUGUGUAAUUUUACGAUAAAUUAUUGCAUUUUCGUAUUACCCAAGUGAUAAUGAUUCAGUGAUAAGGAACCUCCUGAAGAGACCCGCACCAACAUGCAUUGCUACAACAUUCCAACAAUCGAUCCGGAUCUGCGUCACGAAGAAACCAUCCUGCAGGCCAUCAAUGCAUUCGAGUUCCUGAACGAGGUUAUCGAGGACGUCUUCGGCAAGGUCAACAGACGGAUCGAGUCCAAUCGGGAGCGACUGUAUCGACUCGACGCCCGCAUCGAGAAGGUCAACGGAGAUGUGGCAAAACUAAAGGAAACCAAGGAAGCGAUCGUAAUCUACUCACCGUGUCGCUAUCCGGGGGCAGACCUGGAGACCACUGUGCUGCCAACCUUUACCAGUGCGAAUGGAAUUCGGAUGAGGGAUGGUGAGCCGGGAACCUUGCGAGACAGGUCGUAUGUGCCGAGCCACUCGUACCAGGAGAAGAUUCAAUUUUAUCAUGUGAAGAGCUCGACGGAUAGACAUAGGAUCUACUCAUUUGAAGGCGCGAAUGAAGUACAAGCAAGAAAAGAGGUUCAGUUUUUGGAUUCGAUUCUGCUGUUCAACAGCCGGGAUUUUGCUGUGGAUUUUAAGGGAGCAGCGGAAAAAUCUAGAUCCGGAAAGAAAACACCGGGUAAGAUCCGUGAGGAGCGGAUUCUUUCGUCUUCCUCGCCAAUCAUUCGGAAUCGUUCGAAGCGAAAGGGACAGGAGAUAUUUUACACGCCGGUGCUGAACGAUGCACCCAAGAUUGACGUUCCAGUGGAUCUGCCGGAUUUGCCUGGAAUUGUGAGCAAUAUUCAGUACGCCGGGAAUAAUACGCUGAUCGCUCCGUCGCUGCAAUUGGCAGCGAUAGCCGAUCAGUUACCGGAAUUGGAAGAUCUGUCGACAACGGAAGCGAAGGAAACAAUUCCACUAGUGGCAAACAUUCCACCGCCAGUGCCUUCAUCCAUACCCGUGGGCAUAGCUACUGUUUCAACAGUUAGUCCAGCGACGGUUGCAGUAAUUGCUCCACCUCCUCCACCGCCGCCUCCACCACCACCACCGCCAGCAGAAAUCCUAGCACCUACCCAACAGAAUAACGCAAAGAAACCCGACGAGAGCGACGGAAAACCAGUUAAGAAGAAAGAAGUUCCGAAAGCUGCUGCUGGUGAUGCUCAUUUCAAUCUGAUGGAAGCCAUCCGCAAGGCUGGUGGCACAGAAAAGGCUAAAUUGAGGCACAGCGAAAUCAAGGAAGGCAGAACGGAUCCGACUAAGCCCUCCAAAGCAAAGCCGCAAAAUUUCAUCGACGACUUGCACAGCAAACUGCAGAUGAGACGCAAAGGAAUCUCCGGUGCGCGAGAAAACCAGGAACCCGGAAAUGUAAUUGAUCGUCUUUCGGCGUUGAUUCCUCCUCCGCCACCGAAGCUGGAUGCCAGCGCAAGCGAGAGUAACGACGAGGAUUGGGAUUAGGCUUAAGAAGAGAUUGUUUUUUUAAUUGUUACAGUUUUGUGUAUUAUUAUUAUUCUCGUUAGUUCACACGUUUUGGAAAAUGAUUAAACUUACACUAUUUUAGUAAAUAAUAUGAA